CUCCUGGGGCCUGCCAACAACCAAAAUGUCCAAAGGGCCUCUGAUUCUCUGGCUGGUGAUUGAGCUCGGGCGGCUUUAUCUGACUCCAGCUGCAUCAGAGAUUGUCGUGAGAGCGUUUUUGGGUCAGUCGGUGACUUUGCCCUGUAUGUACUCAUCCUGGUCUCCUAACAGCAACAUCAUGUGCUGGGGCAAAGGCCAGUGUCCCAACUCCAAAUGCAAUGACGAGCUUCUCUACACCGAUGGGACAAGGGUGGUCUCGAGGAAGUCGCCAAAAUACCAACUUCUGGGGAAUAUCCGGAGAGGGGAUAUCUCCUUGACCAUCUUCAACACCAACGAAGGUGACAGUGGUGUGUACUGCUGCCGCAUAGAGGUGCCUGGCUGGUUCAACGAUGUGAAGAAGAACAUCCGCCUGGAGCUGAGGAGAGGUCCCACGACCACGCGCUCAACAACCACCCGUCGCCCAACCACCACCACCACCACCGCCGUGACGACAACCACAGCUGUGCUUCCAACAACCACAGUCGUGCCUACACCUGACCUGCCAGACACACCACCGCUUCAGAUGAGAACCACUGCUGCACUCCCCACCACGGCAGCCGCAUGCCCUCUGACAACACGGGGCUCCCUUCAUGAGGAAGACACGAUACUUCUGACCCUUGAGCCUUCCACAGAAGGGCCCAUCCUCACUGCAGAAUCAGAAACGAUCCUUCUCCCUAGGACCUCUCAGAGAAGCACUGAGGCGACUUCUGCAGCCACUGCCUUGCUCACAUCCAAAGGGUCUAAAAGUUGGGUUCUCCAGUCAACACACCAGGCAUUGAUGCGGGAAGCGAGUGACUCGGUGAUUUCUCAGCCAAGAGCAUCUGAGACGCCAUUUCUUGUGCCAAAUGGAUUUGAAUCAGAACAGAUAAAAAUGACCAACAACUACAACCUGCUCAAGAUCAUUGCUCCCUCCCUGGGAUUUGUGCUGUUGGCAUUGCUUCUGGCAUUUUUCCUUCGAGGGAAAGUCAUGGAAACCAAUUGUGUCCAGAAACACACCAGGCUAGACAGUGUUGGAGAAGGUAAAAAUGUCCUUGACGGAAGAGAAGAUGAAGACGGUCUUUUCACACUCUAAAGUGCCCCUUUCUCUUAGGAUUGAGGAUGAGGAUAUGAUGUGUGAAUUAUCAAAAUAAGUCUUAGAAUGUUUUGUUGUUUGUUUUUUAUUUAAAAAAAAAACCCUCUGUUGCCUUGGUGUCACUGAUCCAGUCUUGCCUUAGUUUCACAAGUGAAAGUUACCUUAGAGACCACACCUUCUCAUGGUUUAAUCUCUGUAGCAUUACUGCUAAGUGAUCUUCCACAGUAUAACUGAACACCUUCAGUGAUGGUGAACUCACUAUCACACCCAAGGAAGUCCAUUCAAUCUCAGGGCACUUCUGAGACUUAGAAAUAUUUAGAACAAAGUCUGUGUCCAGAUAGCAUCUGCCUGCUGGUCCUAGCUGAACUCCUUGUGCUUACACAGAACAGGUCUAAACUCUCUUCUACCUGGUAGCAGUGCUCCAGAUACCGAAAGGAGAGCCUCAUGUUUCUCUAAAUUGCCUUGUUUCUGGGACAUGAUUUCUGGUCCCUUCCCUACCGUAGUUGCCUUUGCCUUGCAUGCAUUUGUAUCUCUCCUUUUAUGCCCAGCUUUAAGAAUUCAGUGCCCCAGGGCUUCCCUGGUGGCGCAGUGGU